UAAAGAGGAUUCAUCAGCAGUUCUUCCAACACAAAUCAUCUCUUUGCUCCAACAACAAGUAGCUGUCUUUGCUGCCAGCACCUCGUCGUGUUUAACUCCACCUGCUGAGGCUGGCUCUGUUGAAGCUUUGAAUUGGCAGCUUUUUGAAGAAAGAAAAGAUGCAGAACGUCUCCUCACACAAGCACUUUAUCCUCACUGGUUUUCAAGAACUCGGAGAACUGAGGCCGGUCCUCUUCGUCCCGUUCUUCCUCAUGUUCAUCGUGGCUCUGCUGGCCAACUCCCUGCUGGUGUAUGUCGUCAUUUCUCAGAGAAGCCUUCAUCAGCCCAUGAGCAUCCUCAUCGCCGGCAUGGCGUGUGUUGAACUCUGCCUCCCAGUGUUCUUUGUCCCCAACAUGCUGCUGAGCUUCCUGUUUGACUGGAAGGGGAUCUCUGUGAUUGGCUGUCUGGUUCAGAUGCACUUCAUUCACUGCUUUGGAGCUUUUCAGACCACCUUCCUGGUCUGGAUGGCUCUGGACCGAUACUUUGCCAUUUGCACGCCUCUCCGCUACCAUGAACUGAUGGCGCUGCAGAGAUUCCUGAAGUUUGUCAUCCCGCUCGCUGUCAGAAACAUGCUGCUCAUCACUCUGUUUGUGAGUUUGGCAGGAAAGCUUUCGUUCUGCAGAAAUGUGAUAAACCACUGUUUCUGUGAGCACAUGGCCUUGGUGGAGCUGGCCUGUGGGAGCACCAACAUCAACAGUCUGGCUGGACUGAUGGCUAUUUUCUUCAUCCCUGUUUUUGACUUCUUUGUCAUCACUACCUCUUACAUUGUGAUAUUCAGUUCUGUGUUGAGAUCCAGCAGUUCAGGUGUAAAAGCACUGCACACCUGCAUCACUCACAUCAUCGUCCUCACCUUCAGUCUGACCUUAGCUCUCAUUGCUUUCCUUUCAUAUCGAGUUAAAAGCGGGCUUCCAGAAGCCAUCCGGGUUUUCUUCAGCACCAUGUAUCUGUUGUUUCCCAGCUGCUUCAACCCGAUCAUCUACGGCAUCAGAACCACUGAGAUCAGACAGCAAAUGCAGAAGACACUGACACACUGGAGACACUUAUUCCAGGUUGUUCAUUAGGGAACCAACUUCCACCUCCUCACAAAGGAACCAGAAACUAAUAAACUUUCUAUUAAACUUGUUCAUUACAGA